AUGGCUUCAUUCGAGAAGGGUGUUCAGCUAGAGAAGGCAAUCAUACAUUACCGACCGUCGAGAUGUCGGCAGAAUUCCUUGGAUUACAGUUCCUGGACAUUCCCUUCAUUAGCGGCGCUGAAGGAAUUGCCAUUCUCCAACUCCUCGGAUAACGACGCACACGUCUCCCCUCCCAAACGCUACAAAUGCCUCCUCCGCAAACUCCGCUACACCCUCUUCAACGUCUACCGCCGCAUCUUCUCCGUCAUCUUCCUCGCCAAUAUCACCGGCGCUGUCCUCGUCCUCCGCGAACCCAUCGACUCCAUCAGCCUCUCCAACCUCGCCACCUGGUCCUCAACCAACUUCCUCGUCGCAAUCCUCAUCCGUCAAGACUUCGCCAUCAACCUCCUCUUCCGCUCCGCAUGGCUGGUCCCGUGGUCCGUACCCCUUCGACUCCGCCACAUGGUCGCCCGCGUCUAUUCGUACGGAGGGAUUCACAGCGGUGCGGCGGUGGCGGGGACGAUGUGGUUCCUCGUUUUCACGGCCCUGCUAACGACGCGGUUUCUCGAUGCAGGACUGUAUACACUGCCUGUGGUGGUGGUGACGUGGGCGAUAGUGAUGCUCUUGACGAUCCUAUUGCUCCUCGCGAUGCCGCAGGUUCGGUUUGCGCACCACGACGCGUUUGAGCUGUCGCACCGGUUUCUGGGCUGGGCCAGCAUUGCGCUGUUUUGGGUGCAGCUGGUUCUUCUUACGAAGCAUGAGGCGCAACUGUCGUCAUCCCCUACCUCAUCAUCCUCUUCUUCAAUAUCCAGUUUCCCCACCCUUCUGGUCAGACAACCCACCUUCCUCAACCUCGUCGCCAUCACCAUCCUGCUCGUCUAUCCCUGGCUCCGACUCCGCAAAUGGACCUUCCACGCCGAGAAACUGUCCUCGCAUGCAGUGAGGCUGCACUUCACGCACCCGGUCCAUCGGUUCUCGUGCCUGAGCGUCUCGGAUGCUCCGUGGAGGGAGUGGCAUCCGUUUGCAACGUUUCCCGAUACGGGGGAGGAGGAGGAGGAGGUAUGCGAAGACGGGAAGCAGGAUGGUGCUGCUGCCGGGGCAAGGACUAGGAGGAGAGGUGCGAGUAUCAUCGUCUCGGCAGCCGGGGACUGGACGAAAGCUUUGAUCAGAAGCGUGCCUGACAGAAAGACUUGCUCAUGUGCCACUACGACAUCACCCACCACCUUCCCUCAUCACCUCCCCACCAUCUCUCUCUACACCCGCGGCCACCCCCGCGCCGGCGUCCUCUCCCUCACCACCCUCUUCCCGCGCAUCGUCCUCUUCACGACGGGAUCCGGCAUCGGCCCCUCGCUCUCCUCGCUCCUCGAUCGUCCCCCGGGUCAAUCCGCACGACUGAUCUGGUCGACCCGCGCACCGCGCGAGACGUUCGGAGCGGCGAUCAUGAGGGACGUUCGGGCUGUGGACCCCGGUGCCAUUAUCCUGGACACUUCUUCUUCGGCUACAGCACCACUGGCUCCCUCCUCCUUCUUUUCCCCUGCCACACUAUCACCCACACAACUGAUCCGCCUCUGCGAGACCGUAGCCGCAGAAGUGGGCGCUGAAGCCGUUUUUGUUCUGAGUAACAAGGCCCUGACACGCAGAUUGGUCAGUGGUCUGGAGCAAAGGCGUGUGAGGGCUUAUGGGCCCAUUUGGGAUUCUUGA